UCUUAUAAUACAAGAGGUCGAAUCGUGAUAAGCUAUGCAUGGAUAGACCUAUUUGCUCUUUAUGACCUUGAGUACGUCCGUCUCUUUGCAAAAAUUGUACACUAUCCCGGAGUACGAUGAUACACGUACAACAAUCAUUGCUGCACACCAGCGAGUCGGGCUACACAUGCGAAGAGGUGGCCGUCGUGUAACAUUCUUGUCUGUGCAUGACAUUCUUGUUCGUACGGUUGUAAAACAACGAUGAUGUACUAGUUUUGAAGAUGGAGAAAGGGAGAUCACAAGUACAACAGCUUUCAUGGAGUCAGUAUAUAUAUUGCAGGAUCUUACUCUUCUUAUAUGAUCCAGACGAAGGAGUCUUAAAGGUAUUAUACGACCGAUGGUAUGGCAGACUGUGCGAUAGGAUUUAUCAGUACGUCAUUGAGCAUGCGCAGAGAGGAGAUCCUGAGAGUAUCAUCAAAACGAUGGAUCGUUUCUGUCGUGAAAAGCAAUGGACGUUCUGCCUCGGUGACGAUAAAGCCCCCAUAGUGAGAAAGAUCGUGCAGGAAACGAAACCCAAGACGUGUCUCGAACUCGGUACUUUCGUCGGUUACUCGGCUAUCAACGCUGCUCGGGAACUUCCGGAAGGAUCUCGGUACCUGUGCGUGGAGGCCGAUGAAGAUAGGGCUGUUACUGCCAGAAAGAUGGUCGAAUUUGCAGGAUUGCAAGAUGUGGUACAAGUCAUAAAAGGCUUUUCCAACAAAGUGAUUCCAAAUCUAAAAGACGAAUUCAACAUCGACUCUUUUGAUUACGUGUUCAUCGAUCACGUCAAAUCUUUGUACAAAGCCGAUCUCAUCCUCCUGGAAGACCAUCGACUUGUGAGAAACGGAACCGUAGUCGUUGCGGACAAUAUGGUCAUACCAGGGUCGCCAAACUAUCUCGAGUACGUCCGAAAUUCACCGAAGUACGAAUCGGAAUACUUCGGGAGUUCUUUCGAGUUUACCAGUCUACCGGAUGGUAUUGAGAAAUCCAUUUUUGUGGGUUGAGAAUUACCUUAUCAAGCAAACUUUCAUGCCUUAUUGGUCUCAUCAUUAUUAUUGAAAUGCGUUAGACUUUUCAUGUAUUAUCUUUCUUUUGUUCUUUAGCCUGAAGAAAUUAUAGAAAAAUAAGUAUAACCUUGAUGGUAUUUUGACUAGAAAUAAUUAAUAUGGAAGUUUUCAGUCCUCUUAGAAAAAUAACAGUCCUUGUGACUUGACCCACUUAGUAGAUUGAAAAUUUGCUCUUUACAUCUUUGGUGACAUUUGAAUGUUUAAUCUGCAUGGUCUUCACUUAAGAAAUAAUAGAUUGAUGACGUGAUCAACGAAAGGGUUUAACACAGCGUGAAAGAAAAGUUAGUGAGACCUUUUGUUUUUUUAAGAAGUCUGCCCCACCGUCGCCCUUCCAUUUAUCCUGCGAUUGUUGCACUGGCGUAACUACGGGGCACAUGCCCCUCCCAAAAUCGGCUGGAAAAAACGGGAGCAGGGGGGGGGGGAGAAAAAAAUAGAAACGUUGUGGAGGAGGAAAUAGAACAAAUUAUUGUAUAUUAUAUUAUAUUGUUACAUUAUAUCAUAUAUAUUAUAUUAUAUUACAUUAAGAUUUUUUUCAUAACCCCAUGAAACAAAUUUUCUAGGGUCUAUCAUCACACCUAGUGCUCGCAUUGUCUUUUUAAUGAGAUAAAUAAUCAUAUUCGUGGGGAUUAAAUUGUACUAUCCAUUUUCAAGUCAAUAUACGCCAAAUAUAUUUCCUCUCCGAGCUUUUAUAAUUUUAGGUAGUGACAUAUGCUUACUUUAUUUACUUCUUAAAAUGAUUGCCCCUUUUAAGGUAUAAAUAUCAAACAUUUCUAGUCCGUUCUUACGGUGAGAUUUGUCUGCUCUUCAUGAGUUCCUUUAACAGUCCUUGUGUCCCUUUUCUAUUUGGUCUGAUUAUCAGUUUUCAUUUUGCUUAUAAUGUCCUUUUAUGUCUGCAUAUAAAAAAUGUUCAGCUUGUGCUUCGCGUUCACGUUAAUUGAUCAGUGAGAGACAUAUUCUUUGAAUGGCACAGUGCUUAAAAUGUAUUUUAGGUCAGUAUGCCUGGCUAAAGCACGCUCACUAAUUCACUCAUUUUUUUUUGCUGGUGCUCCCCUCCAAAUGCCGUGACCCACGGUAAGCCUCUGAUUGCAUUGGUAAAAUAUUGCCAAAAAUUGUUGCAUUACCUUUACUAAGCCAGUCGUACUCACGAAACACGCAUGUUAUCCCAAAUAUUGGACAAGUUUUACCUUAGAGGUAAAAAGACUUCAGUGAUUUUCCUAACUUGUUUCUAUCAAGGUUUUCAACCGCCGAUGUGCCUCAAUGAAGAGUUUUUAUAGAGGAAUCCAAAUAGGCCAAUCAAGCCAGCUUAGUGAUUCAAUAAUGUAAAUGAAUUGUCAAGAAAAAAAAAAAAUCAGCAUGAAUUGGUCUAUGAUUUAAUGUUUCUAAAGUAAAUUUUGACAUUUCAUUUCAUUUUUCAUUUUCAUUUCACUAUGUCGUAUGAGGAAUAGUCAGUAAGUACUAAGGGAUACUUUGAAUGAUUUUACCGCCAUGAUGGUAAUACCUUGGUCACGUUUGCUCUACGGCGGCCGUACGGCGAGUCGAAAACAGUCGUUUUAUUCAUUUUUAUGCAAACCAAUUAUGUAGCUCGUUAAUUUUAAAAACGGCUGUUUUCUACUCGCCGUACGGCCGCCGUAGAGCAAAUGUGACCAAUGUAUAAAGCAAUGAUAAUCCCUUGAUGUGUUCUUGGCUCCGUAACACAAGAUUGGCGAUUGAUCGCUAAAUGAAAUGGCCUAUCAAGAUCAUUAUUGCAUGCACAGUUUGCUCCGUAGACUGACUAGGAACCAAUAUUUAUUGUUCUUUCAAAUUAGCGAUUAUCGGUAAUCGUUAAUCUAUGUGUUACGGAGCCCCCUGGACGGAGCCCUUAUGAGAUUUACACUAUAUCCUUUCUGGCAUAUACGAUUACUCCUAUCCUACUUGAUGCAUCAAAUUUCUGCCAUUUUUACUGAAAUAAUCCUGACCAAAAAUAAAAAAGAAGGCAUAUUUUAUGAAUAUUUCAUUAACUUUUCAAUGUGAUAUUUCAUUUCAUUAAUUGGAAGCUUUUUAAGGAUAUUAUUUCAUAUCUACACCAAGGCCAAAGGCCGAAGCUUUUGAUUUUCUCUCUAGACCCCUAUAUAUAUUUUAUAUACAAUAUAUAAGUCGAUUAUUAUGUACAUGAUAUUACAUUUCAAAACAAUGCUCUUAUGAAUUCCACGCUUGUCAUUAGUUCAAAGUAUUAUAUUCAGUAUUUGGUAUUAUU